AUGGUCCGAAGCAAGUUUAAGGAUGAACACCCGUUCGACAAACGAAAGGCUGAAGCCGAGAGGAUCCGUCAAAAGUACAAUGACAGGAUUCCAGUAAUUUGUGAGAAAGCCGAAAAGAGUGAUAUUCCUACGAUCGACAAAAAGAAGUACCUUGUCCCAUCUGAUCUCACCGUCGGUCAGUUCGUUUAUGUUAUCAGAAAACGAAUCAAGCUCGCUCCCGAGAAGGCAAUCUUCAUCUUCGUAGAUGAUAUUCUCCCUCCUACGGCUGCUUUGAUGUCUGCGAUCUACGAUGAGCACAAAGACGAAGAUGGCUUCCUUUACGUCCUCUACGCUUCGGAGAAUACAUUUGGUGAUCUGGCUCAAUACGAAGUCAAGGAUGAAGAGUAA